CGGUCAGACAAAGAAGAAGAAGGCAGCUGAUCCCAGGCAACUGAAUUUGUUUACAACAUCAGGGAUGCUUCUACGCCUGCUAACUCUCUCUCUUCCCCUAAUAACCCCCCACUUCCACCACCUUCCUCUGCUCCAUCGUCACUAACUUCUCAUCAUCACUGCUGAGAGCUACAAUUGGCAGCAGCUAUGGUGGAUGUCACUAAAUGGCCCCUAUUGUCACUACUGAGCAGUGAGGAGAGAGCAACGGUCCGGCAGGCCUGUGUUUUUGGAACAUCAGCCAACGAAGCCAUCUAUGUUACUUAUGGAAAUGAGGUCUAUGGAUUUGGUCUGAACUGCAGUGGCUGCCUUGGUACAGGUGACAGUGUGAGCAUCAUUGUUCCAAAGAAACUGGACUUCCUGCAGGGAAAGAAGAUAGCCAGCCUCAGCUACGGCAGUGGACCUCACGUCCUCUUAGCAACAGAAGAUGGACAGCUGUUUGCCUGGGGGCAUAAUGGUUACAGCCAGCUGGGGAACGGCAGCACCAACGUGGGGCUUUCACCCGUGGCGAUAACGGCUAACCUGCAGAACAAGAAAGUAACAGAGGUGGCAUGUGGCUCGCAUCAUUCUCUGGCUCUCACUCACGACGGAGAUGUGUUUGCGUGGGGUUAUAAUAACUGCGGCCAGGUGGGCUCAGGCUCCACGGCAAACCAGCCCUACCCAAAGAAGGUUUGCGGCUGCCUGCAGGGGAAGACUGCUGUGGCCAUCACAUGUGGACAAACCUCCUCCAUGGCUCUGGUCGACAAUGGAGAGGUUUACGUGUGGGGUUAUAACGGAAACGGGCAACUUGGAAUUGGGAACAAUGGGAAUCACCUUUCUCCGUGCCGCCUGACUGCGCUCCAGGGGCUUUGCAUUCAACAGAUUGUAUCAGGAUACGGGCACUGCUUGGCCCUAACGGACGAAGGACUGCUUUACGCCUGGGGAUCUAACACCUACGGUCAGCUAGGAACUGGCAAUAAGAGCAAUCAGCUCAGUCCAGUGCAGAUCAUGGCUGACAAAGAGAGGAUUGUGGAGAUUGCUGCGUGCCACUCAACGCACACUUCAGCAGCGAAGACUCAAAGCGGCAAGGUGUUCAUGUGGGGCCAGUGUCGAGGCCAGUCGAUCCCCCUGCCCCACCUCACCCACUUCAGCAGCACGGACGAUGUGUUCGCUUGCUUCGCUACGCCCGCUGUGAUGUGGCGCCUCGUAUCUAUGGAGCACGAUGAUUUCAUGACGGUCUCCGAGGCUCUCAGGAAAGAGUUCGACAGCCCAGAAACGGCCGACCUUAAGUUCAGCGUUGACGGAAAAUGCAUCCAUGUUCACAAAGCUGUCCUUAAGAUCAGGUGUGAGCAUUUCCGAUCCAUGUUUCGCUCUCAGUGGACAGAGGGUCAACAGGAGGUGAUAGAGAUCGGCCAGUUCUCCUACCCUGUCUAUCGAUCCUUCCUUCAGUUUCUCUACACAGACACCGUUGACCUGCCACCUGAGGACGCCAUUGGUUUGUUAGAUUUGGCCACGUCUUACUGUGAAAACCACCUGAAACAUCUGUGUCAGCAGAUAAUCAAGAGAGGAAUCACUGUAGAGAAUGCCUUCACCCUGCUGUCUGCAGCCAUUCGAUAUGAUGCAGAGGAUCUAGAAGAUUUUUGCUUUAAGUUUUGUGUAAACCAUCUGACUCAGGUGACUCAGACUGCAGCUUUCUGGCAAGUCGAUGGAAGGAUGCUCAAAGAGUUCAUCAGCCGAGCCAGUCGCUGUGGAGCCUUCAAAAACUGAGCGCUGCUCUUGCUUUCUUGCAUUUUAAAAGCAAGUAUGCUGCAGGUUCAGCAGAGCAAUCCUCCACAUAUGGAGGAAUGAUCAGAUUUCUGCUGAUCCACCUCAAAAGGAAUAAAGCUUCAAGUAUAUUGCACACUGUGUUGAACCGGACCAUAUCUAUGGAUUUUAAAUCAGCACUUUGGUCAGUUCCUGUGGAGUCACUCUGAAUGUUCACCAAUAUGAACACUUACAGGCUGCAUGUGUUUAUUUUAUGCAAUUUGAUUAUGCAGUUAUUACAUUCCAGUUCAGCUGACUGCACAUGCGUGCCAGAGUAAGAAAGUCGCGCUGUACUACAGCUCAUCUGUGUGAUACAUUCGAGGCACCUUUGAAAUGUUAGAUUCAAGAAUCUUUUCCAGUCAUUUCUAAUGGAAUGUAGGUCAUUUGGUUAAUUGCUACUAUUCCUUUGGCCUUGUUUUAGUUUGGCCUUUGCUCUGAGGCACUUAAGCUUGCCUGAACUACUAAGUCAAUUUAGCUUUUUAAAGAGAUUUGAGAGCAGACUUUAAGAAUUUUGCACUAUAAUCUUAGCUGAAGUUUUACUCUGUUACAAUAUUAUACGUUGUCUUGUUACUCUGCUUAUUAAAACAUAAUGAAGUGGAUUUAAAGCUCUGUGAGAAAUAACAUUACUGUAUUCAUAUGAUCCACUGGAACAGAGAGAAGCAGCCUCUCUGUUCUCAAUAGAUGGAAGUGCGAUUCAUGUUCUUUUGGUUUUGCUACAAAUUCAGGGGAAAUGUAAAACCCUAGAACAGCUCAAAACCUCAUUUUGUCUACUGUUUUAGGUGUUUCUUUGUGUCUAUUAUACAGUUACCAAAGAUUGAAUGGAAAUCUUGCUGCCUGGGUGUGCUUGACAAACAGAAAUGUGUUGCUGACCAAAUUAAUCCGGAACAGGACAGGGAUAUCAGUUUCGGUUUCCUACCUUAGGUUUCCUUUUCCCGAUGAUCGUAAAUGUCUCCUAAAAGAUCUUUAUUUGGAAAGAAUUUGAACUUGGACCUUAUGUGGGUGUUUGAAGGACUGUUCAGAUCUAGUAAAACAGGUUACAGGGCAGUUAUAGAGUUGAGGUUUACAGAUUAUUAUUAUUAUUUUCUUCUUAACAUGUACUUUUAUAGUUUAUUUUUGAAGCUCUUACUUACAAGCAACUUAAAUACACAACUCCGGAAUCCCGAAAGUUGAGUUACUGUUAUUUCUGCUGUUAAAUACUUGCAAUUAUUCUGUUGUUUUUAUAUAUAUUAUACAUGUUUAGUUUUUAGUUGCUCUUUCUCUGAAGAAAUA